CUAUUGCAGCUGCUUACCCAUUGCACACUAGAUGUCACCCUAAAUGUCAAACCAGCUGACAUUCCUUCCCUUUUGACAUUUGGCGCCAAAACAAGCGUUUUGCCUUUCCAUCUUGAGCGGAAUUUUGCAAAAGUGAUCAUUCCAAAAAAAUUCAUCGUGUCGUGUGCUUGUGAAAUCUAAUUAACUGCUUCAAUUUGAACGGAUUUUUAACUUUGAACUACAAAUAAACAUCAAGAUGUUCGAAGCACGCUUAAACAAUGCAACUAUCUUGAAGAAAAUCUUGGACGCCAUCAAAGACUUGCUGAAUGAAGGCACCUUCGACUGCAGCGAUUCGGGCAUACAGUUGCAAGCUAUGGAUAAUUCCCACGUUUCGCUGGUUUCUCUGACGCUACGUUCAGAUGGCUUCGAUAAAUUCCGCUGUGAUCGCAACCUUUCUAUGGGCAUGAAUCUGGGCAGCAUGGCAAAAAUUUUGAAGUGCGCUAAUAAUGAUGAUACAGUGACAAUUAAGGCACAGGAUAACGCCGACACUGUAACUUUUAUGUUUGAGUCGCAUAAUCAAGAAAAAGUGUCGGACUACGAAAUGAAAUUGAUGAAUCUGGACCAAGAACAUUUGGGUAUACCGGAAACAGACUAUGCAUGUGUUGUACGCAUGCCAGCAAUGGAAUUUGCACGCAUCUGCCGUGACUUGGCGCAAUUCAGUGAAUCGGUUGUUAUUUGCUGCACCAAAGAAGGUGUAAAAUUCUCAGCGUCUGGUGAUGUUGGCUCAGCUAAUGUGAAAUUAGCACAAACUUCAAGCGUUGACAAGGAAGAGGAAGCAAUCGUGAUCGAAAUGCAAGAGCCUGUCGUACUAACAUUUGCUUGCCGCUACCUAAAUGCAUUCACAAAGGCGACGCCUCUUUCAAAUCAAGUGCAGCUGUCGAUGUCGGCCGAUGUGCCACUAGUGGUUGAAUAUCGUAUCGCUGAAUUGGGACAUAUACGCUACUAUUUGGCGCCGAAAAUUGAAGAUGAUGAGAAUUAAGAGUAGAUUGAAUGAUUUUGCACCAUGCAUUGCACUGAAUCGGUAUAUCUCACAUUUGUAUUUGGUAUAAGCGUAUAUUAAAUAUUAACUAAUUUUAAGCAUUAACAUAUGUAAUACCCCCUGUCGUAUUGCUUACAUUUCAAAAACAAUUUAUACACAUAAUUAUUAAAGUUUUGUAUUUACAGCAUAUGGUAAUUAAUAGCAAUUGAUAAAAUAAAAUCAAAUUCGUGUAUUGAGUACAA